CGACAAUAUUCCUUUCACAAUAACCCCCAUGAUUCAGAAACUAGUCUCAUAAGCCUACUGCUUUUUUCACUCUAAACUCUAAAUUUCCAUAGAGUAAACAUGGCUGAAGAUCUGGAGAAACCAUUGCUAGGUCCUGAAAAUUUCAUGAAGGAAGGGAUUGAUCUGGAAAACUUGCCACUUGAAGAAGUUUUCGAACAAUUGAUAACAUCGAAGGAAGGACUUUCAGCUGAAGAUGCAGAGCGACGACUCAACAUUUUUGGACCUAACAAGCUUGAAGAGAAGCGAGAGAACAAGUUUAUUAAGUUUCUUAGUUUCAUGUGGAAUCCAUUGUCUUGGGUGAUGGAAGCAGCAGCAAUCAUGGCUAUUGGACUAGCUAAUGGCGGAGGGCAAGGUACUGAUUGGCAGGACUUUGUUGGUAUAUUUUGUCUGUUGUUGAUAAAUUCAACAAUUAGUUUCAUAGAGGAAAAUAAUGCUGGAAAUGCUGCAGCAGCUCUAAUGGCACAUUUAGCUCCUAGAACUAAGGUUCUUAGAGAUGGGAGGUGGCAAGAAAAAGAUGCUGCUAUUUUAGUGCCAGGAGACAUCAUUAGCAUAAAGCUCGGUGAUAUCAUCCCUGCAGAUGCUCGAUUGCUCGAAGGAGAUCCAUUGAAAGUUGAUCAGUCAGCUCUUACUGGGGAAUCUCUACCCGUCACGAAAAAGACAGGAGAUGAAGUGUUUUCUGGAUCUACUUGUAAACAUGGAGAAAUAGAAGCUGUAGUAAUCGCCACUGGAGUUAACUCAUUCUUUGGAAAAGCUGCACAUCUCGUUGACUCUACUGAAGUCAGUGGUCACUUCCAGAAGGUCCUUGCUUCCAUUGGAAAUUUCUGCAUAUGCUCAAUAGCUGUGGGAAUGAUACUUGAAAUCAUUAUCAUGUACGCUGUUCAGCGUCGUUCAUAUAGGACUGGAAUUAAUAACCUUCUUGUUCUCUUAAUUGGUGGAAUACCAAUAGCUAUGCCAACAGUCCUAUCAGUUACACUCGCUAUUGGCUCCCAUCGACUCUCUCAACAGGGAGCUAUUACAAAAAGGAUGACUGCAAUUGAAGAGAUGGCUGGUAUGGAUGUACUCUGCAGUGACAAGACAGGGACGCUGACCCUGAAUCGCCUCACUGUCGAUAGGAAUCUCAUUGAGGUGUUCCAAAGAGAUAUGGACAAAGAUAUGGUUGUAUUACUUGCUGCUAGAGCAUCAAGAUUGGAAAAUCAGGACGCUAUUGAUGCAGCAAUUAUCAACAUGCUUGCUGAUCCAAAGGAGGCGCGUGCAAAUAUCAGGCAAGUGCAUUUCCUUCCAUUCAAUCCUGUGGAUAAACGGACUGCAAUCACCUACAUUGAUUCAGAUGGCAAGUGGUAUCGAGUUAGCAAAGGAGCUCCUGAACAGAUACUGGAUUUGUGCCAAGAGAAGCAACAGAUAGCUGCAAAAAUGCAUGCAAUCAUUGACAGGUUUGCCGAAAGAGGGUUACGCUCUCUAGCUGUUGCCUUUCAGGAAAUUCCAGAAAAUUCGAAGGAGAGUCCUGGCGGGCCUUGGGCAUUUUGUGGAUUGCUUCCGUUGUUUGAUCCACCAAGGCAUGAUAGUGCUGAGACCAUCCUCAGAGCACUCAAUUUAGGAGUUUGCGUUAAGAUGAUUACAGGUGACCAGUUGGCCAUUGCAAAGGAAACAGGCCGACGACUUGGAAUGGGAACAAAUAUGUACCCCUCAUUUUCAUUGUUUGGUCGUGACAAGGAUGAAAAUGAAGCUUUACCAGUUGAUGAGCUCAUUGAAAAAGCAGAUGGCUUUGCUGGUGUAUUCCCUGAACAUAAAUAUGAGAUAGUAAAGAUCCUGCAAGCGAACGAGCACGUAGUUGGAAUGACUGGUGAUGGAGUAAAUGAUGCCCCAGCUCUCAAGAAAGCAGAUAUUGGUAUAGCAGUCGCUGAUGCUACUGAUGCUGCUAGAAGUGCUUCUGAUCUUGUCUUGACUGAGCCUGGAUUAAGUGUGAUUGUCAGUGCUGUUUUGACUAGCAGGGCUAUAUUUCAAAGAAUGAAAAAUUAUACAAUUUAUGCUGUCUCCAUAACCAUACGAAUUGUGCUUGGUUUCAUGCUUCUGGCACUAAUAUGGGAAUAUGACUUUCCUCCAUUCAUGGUACUGAUAAUUGCAAUCCUAAAUGAUGGUACUAUCAUGACUAUUUCGAAAGAUCGCGUUAAACCAUCUCCAGGACCCGACAGUUGGAAGCUUAACGAGAUCUUUGCAACUGGCAUUGUGAUUGGCACCUAUCUUGCUUUAGUUACUGUGUUGUUUUACUGGCUUGCAGACAGCACUCAAUUCUUUGAGACUCACUUCCAUGUAAAAUCUAUAAGUGGAAAUACUGAAGAAAUCUCAGCAGCCAUAUAUCUGCAAGUCAGUAUUAUUAGCCAGGCGCUAAUAUUUGUCACGCGCAGUCAGAGUUGGUCAUUUAUAGAGAGACCAGCGCUUCUUUUGAUGUUUGCAUUUGUGGUUGCCCAACUGGUUGCUACCUUGAUAGCAGUUUAUGCACAUAUUGAAUUUGCGUCAAUUAGUGGCAUCGGCUGGGGAUGGGCAGGAGUCAUAUGGUUAUAUAGUCUUAUUUUCUAUAUUCCCUUAGAUAUAAUUAAAUUCAUUGUUCGUUUUGGUCUGACUGGAGAAGCCUGGAACCUACUUUUUGAUAAGACUGCUUUUACAUCUAAAAAGGACUAUGGAAAGGAAGACAGAGAGGCCAAGUGGGUGCUUUCUGUGAGAACUCUACAAGGGGUAAUAUCACCUGAGUUUGAAACUAAAAGCAGGGGACCUUCUAUGAUUGCUGAACAAGCUAAGCGUCGAGCAGAAAUAACCAGGCUAAGAGAGUUGUAUACAUUGAGAGGUCAUAUUGAAUCAGUAGCAAGACUUAAGAAUCUGGACUUUAACAAAAUUCAAACGGCUUAUACAGUUUGAAUCUGCGAGCAACAGACCCCAUCUCUUCCUAUAACAAACUUAUCUAAUGAUGCUGUCUCAGAGUAAAUCUUAUUUCAUGCGUUCCACGAGAGACAUGUCAAGAGACAAUGAUGUUCAUGAUCUUAUGUACCAACCAUGUCGAGGGUGUUUCUAAUUGAGGUUUCUACGAGGGAAGUCAAGAUAAUCCUGGGACAUUGUGUCUUGCUUUUAAUUUGUUGUACCACUUUAUAUGACAGCUAAAACCAAAUCAAAUCUGUGAUAAUAAAGCUCCAUAAUAAGGGGCAUUUAAUCUGUUUACUAAUUCAGUUUCUGAAAUUUCAUAAUCUUUUGGCAGA